AUGGAGCUUUUUCCUAAUCUUCCUUCUGAUAUCGGAUUCGAAUGUCUGGUUCGUGUCCCUUAUGAUCAUUUCCCAACUGUUGGAUCCGUUUGCAAGAGUUGGAAUCUUGAGAUUCAGCUGCCGGAGUUUAUGAACCAACGGAAAGCCGCCGGCUUUACCAGAAAUGUCAUUGUCCUGUCUCAAGCUCGGGUUAACUCCACCGGAAGUAAAGCAGGAUCUACCCUGAAAGUUCAUGCCACCCCGGCUUACAGGCUUGCUAUAUUUGAACCGGAGACGGGUCAUUGGACGGAAUUGCCGCCGGUACCCGGAUUUGCAGACGGGUUGCCGAUGUUCUGCCAGCUUGUUGGCGUCGGGUUGAAUUUAGUUUUGAUGGGCGGAUUGGACCCAGUUUCUUGGGAGGUUUCUAAUUCGGUUUUUGUCUUUAGUUUUCUCACUGCUACGUGGAAGCGUGGGGCUGAUAUGCCGGGCUGCAAAAGAUCCUUCUUUUCUUGUGCGUCGGAUUCUGAUCGAACGGUGUUUGUGGCCGGCGGCCACGAUGAUGAGAAAAAUGCGCUGAGGUCAGCAUUGGCUUAUGACGUGGAAAAUGAUCAUUGGGUGGAAUUGCCUGACAUGGCAUGUGAACGUGACGAGUCAAAAGGGGUUUUCCACAAUGGCAAGUUCCACGUCAUCGGUGGAUACUCGACAAAUAUGCAAGGCAGAUUCAGUGCCAGUGCAGAGGCUUUUGAUGUGACUACAUGGAAAUGGGACCCCUUUGAAGAUGACUUCUUGGAAGCUUCCACGUGUCCUAGGACUUGUACGAGUGUCGCUCCAGAUGGAAGACUGCUUAUGUGUAGGGAUGCUGACGUGUUAGAAGUCAAGAAUGCCAAGUGGCAAGCUUUGGCGCAGCUUCCAAAUGAUGUGAGGAACAUUGCAUAUGUGACAGCUACUAGUCGGGGGAAUCUACUUGUGAUUGGUUCGCCAAGAUUCUCCGAGCCCCACCAAGUGUACAUGUUGGAUUUAAAACGUUACACCUGGACAAAACUCGAGAUGCCGGAGAUUUUUUCCGGCCAUGUUCAGUCAGGCAGCUGUCUUGAAAUGUGA